GCUUCAGAUGUGAGACAAAGCUAACAUAACAAACCAAGCGUCUGUACAAGAGAAAACCUAAAGUUACCUAACCGAACAAAUUUAACAAAUGCAGGCUUCUUACCUAACUUUCUGUAUGACGUUUAGAUGAAACACAGUAUCUGUUUGUCUGCGAGUAUAGUCUGCAUAUUUUUGAAACCAGUUUUUCCUUUUUAACAUAUCAAGUUCAUCUGUUACAGCCAAAGCUUCUCAUGUUCAGUUAGGGAACGGACAAUCAAGCUGGCAGAAGGUUUGUUCCAGGAAACAAGGAUGAAAGGCUACAUUUUCCUUGUUGUGACCUUGAUAGUUUUAUUAUCAUUCUCACAAAAAACGGUCGGAACAGAGAUAGUGGAUAUCGGUGAAAGCAAGAGCAUUGAAGAGGCAAACAAGGGUUUUUGGGAGGAUGAUAUCCUGAAGCCACCACCAAACACACAGAGGAGUGCCAUUACUGAUGGGGACAAACUGUGGACAUCCCCAGUCCCAUAUGUUUUGGACAAAGACCUUGAGAUGAAUGCUAAAGGACUCGUCCUGAAAGCCUUUGACCAGUUCAGGUUGAAGUCAUGUUUUGACUUCAAACCAAGGGACUCAGAGGAGUAUUACAUCUCGGUCAAAAAGUUAAGCGGAUGUUUUUCAUAUAUCGGGAAAGUAAUAUCCAACGGACAGAACCUCUCCAUCGGGGCUAACUGUGAUUCAAUAGCAGUUGUUGAACAUGAGUUCCUCCAUGCUUUAGGCUUCUACCAUGAACAGUCCAGAUAUGACCGAGAUGAUUAUGUGACCAUUGUUUCUGAGAACAUCCAGGAAGGCCGUGAGCAUAAUUUUGACAAAGAAAGCAAUGAAACCACCACCACCCAGGGAGUCCCGUACGACUACUGGUCAGUGAUGCACUACGGAAAAGAUGCGUUCACUAAUGGCAACGGGUCAACUAUUAUAACCAAAGACCCAAAGUUCCAGGAUGUGAUUGGUCAGAGACUGGAAGUGAGUCCCAAAGAUGUUCUGGAGCUGAACCUCCUCUACAAAUGCAAUUCAACCAUUGCUUUUCAGAUGCAGUGCAGCUUCUCUGAUGAGACCAUGUGUGAAAUGACUAGCUGUUCACAGAGUGGGCUUGCCUGGGAAAUGGUAACAAAGGUUACAGGGGGUCCUAUGUCUGACCACACCAAUCUACCCAGUGGCAGUGGUGAACAAGGUGAAGAUGCGGGUUACUUCAUGCAUGUUAGCACGGCAUCAGGUCAGGAGGGAGACUCAGCCUGGCUGGAGACCCACAGGAUGAGUCUCAAUAGGGAGCAUCAUGUCCAGUGUCUCCAGUUCUACUAUUACCACAGUGGGAACAUGUCAGACCACCUCAACAUCUGGAUCAGAGAGUUUCAGGAUGAAUUGGACCUCAAGGGAACCCUACGUCUCAUGGGACAGAUCACUGGUGGACCAACAAAACACUGGAAGCUCCAUCAUGUUUCCUUGAAUGCCACCGAGCACUUCACGGUGGAGUUUGAGGCUCGUAAAGGAGCAGGAAGUUCUGCAGGCGGCUUCUCAAUCGAUGACAUCAAUCUGUCAGAGAUCGAAUGUCCACAUGUUACUAUUCAGCUUGAUGACUUUGAGCCACUUUUGAACUCUAGUAGAAUCGGCACCUUUAUUUACAGCCCUCGGCAAUACUCCAGCGGGGGCUAUGCUUAUAGGGUUGCGGUUGCACUGAAUAAUUCACAUUUCGGAUUGUUUGUGCAACUCGUGUCUGGUGAAAAUGAUGAACGGUUGGAGUGGCCUUGCACAGAAAGGCAGGUGACCUUCAAAAUGCUGGAUCAGAAUUCCAACACCCAGCUGCAGAUGUCCAAGCAAUUAAGUAUCACCACUGACCGACGGAUUUUGACUGAUGGCAACUAUCUGUGGGGCAAUCCUCGUCAGUUUGGAUCUUCAUACGUAGAUGAUACUGGUGAAACUAUCUUUACCGGAACUCUGUUUGGCAGAUCCUCUUUUGCCAAUGAAAAUGAAUUAAAAACCAGAGAGUUCCUCAAGGGAGGAAGUGUCAUUUUCACCUUUAGCUUCCAAGAUAUCACUCCGCUAGUCAAUGGAAGUGCACUACCAAGUCCUGAAGUGGUACCAGCAGAGAUUAAAUAUCCUCCGAAAGAUCUGAACAGAGGCUCUUGCGCAUCAAGCACCAGCACUCCUAAACCUCACCAAACCACGAAUGAGAGCAGCUUCAUCACCCAUGAUCCCAUGAUGGAGACCACAGAUUACAGCAACAGCACCAGUGAUCCCCAGAUGACAACAGAUUACAACACCACCACUCUUCCACCCCCAAAAACCACCAAUGAGAGCAGCUUCAUCACCCAUGAUCCCAUGAUGGAGACCACAGAUUACAGCAAUACCACCGAUAAUGCUCCCAGAACCACAAAUGACAGCUUCACCACUCUUCCGACCCCAAAAACCACCAAUGAGAGCAGCUUCAUCACCCAUGAUCCCAUGAUGGAGACCACAGAUUACAGCAAUACCACCGAUAAUGCUCCCAGAACCACAAAUGACAGCUUCACCACUCUUCCGACCCCAAAAACCACCAAUGAGAGCAGCAACAGCACCAGUGAUCCCCAGAUGACAACAGAUUACAACUUCACCACUCUUCCACCCCCAAAAACCACCAAUGAGAGCAGCUUCAUCACCCAUGAUCCCAUGAUGGAGACCACAGAUUACAGCAACAGCACCAGUGAUCCCCAGAUGACAACAGAUUACAACACCACCACUCUCCCACCCCCGAAAACCACCAAUGAGAGCAGCUUCAUCACCCAUGAUCCUUUGAUGGAGACCACAGAUUACAGCAAUACCACCGAUAAUGCUCCCAGAACCACAAAUGACAGCUUCAUCACCCAUGAUCCCAUGAUGGAGACCACAGAUUACAGCAACAGCACCAGUGAUCCCCAGAUGACAACAGAUUACAACACCACCACUCUUCCACCCCCAAAAACCACCAAUGAGAGCAGCUUCAUCACCCAUGAUCCCAUGAUGGAGACCACAGAUUACAGCAAUACCACCGAUAAUGCUCCCAGAACCACAAAUGACAGCACCACCACUCUUCCGACCCCAAAAACCACCAAUGAGAGCAGCAACAGCACCAGUGAUCCCCAGAUGACAACAGAUUACAACACCACCACUCUUCCACCCCCAAAAACCACCAAUGAGAGCAGCUUCAUCACCCAUGAUCCCAUGAUGGAGACCACAGAUUACAGCACCACCACUCUUCCGACCCCAAAAACCACCAAUGAGAGCAGCAACAGCACCAGUGAUCCCCAGAUGACAACAGAUUACAACUUCACCACUCUUCCGACCCCAAAAACCACCAAUGAGAGCAGCUUCAUCACCCAUGAUCCCCCGGAGACCACAGAUUACAGCACCACCACCAGUGAUCCCCAGAUGACAACAGAUUACAGCACUACCCCCCUUCGAGCCAACAAGAACCACGGAUGACAGCAUUUUUGGCUUCUCUCCUGGUUUGGUGUGUUCUCCUGUCCUCACCCUCCUGCUGGCGUUGUUUCUGUUGGUACCUUGAUGCACAUCUCGCCGCUGCUCAUGACGGGCCCGGUAAAUGUGCCACUGGCCGAGGAAAUCAGCUGUAUUUAACUUGUCAUACUUUUUUACAAAUUAUUAAAAAAUGAUUGAUGUUUUAUAUUGGGUGGUGGUGGCAAAGUCCAUAGGGACUUGGCCUGGGAACUGGAAGGUCAGCAGUUCAAUUCCCCGAAAGACCAAGUUCUACCAUGGUGUCCCUGAGCAAGGCAGCCUACUGCUCAAAACACUAGGAUUGGUCAAAUGCAGAAUGUAAAAUUUCCCCUCUGUGGGUCGAGUAAGCGUUCCUUCUUUUCUUCUUGGUGGUAGUCGGAUCACUACUUAUAUAGCUACUUAUGCAUGUUUGACUUAAUUAAAUACCUCUACUGAUUUGUU